GGUAAGAGCUCAUCAAAGUCAUUUCGGUACAACCCCGCCGAAGUUGUUCCAAAGGCCUUCAGCCUCUUUCAGAGUUUAGACUUCGUGGGGACUGCAGCAGAUAGAGUUUUGUGACAACUUUGUCGGUAUACGGUAUCUAUCUGUCCUGGACGGGGUGUACACGGUAAGGUUUAAUUAAUAUCGGUCUAUCUACGCAGCGCCAGUCAUACCGGUAGGUAUCCCAGGCCUCUUAUGUCUAUAUAUCCCAUAUUCCAGAGACUGCAGACGACUUCCCUCCAGCUUUCUAUUCAAUCAUUCUCUCAACUCUCUCUACUUCUUAAUCAGAUAUCCAAUCUUUACUUUUUCUUUCACAUCUUUACCAAUCACAAGACUCCACCAUCAACAUGCCUUCCAUCCUCAUCAAGACCAUUGCUCUCCUCUCCCUUGCCAGCUUCACACUCGCUGACCUUCACACCAACGGAAUCUGCGUGGACUACAAAGGCGGAGCCAAUGUAUACAACGCUGAUGCCACAGCCGCCACCUGCACAAACUACAAGAACAGAAACACAGGUUCAAAACAAUGGGACCAAUGCCCAGAUUGCACCAUGAUCACAACUGGUAUUCCACAUUGCCAAUCUGCUGAUUGGCAUAUUGGUGGUGAUGAGUUGAGCUACUAUUGCAAGCAGAACGGAGCAGGUGGAUCUUUGGCAAACUAAGUGCCUGAGGUGAUGUUACUGGAAGAAAGAAGUGUAUUUUUUAUUGGAGGGAAUUCUUGGCGAGCUUUUGGGGGAGGAAGAUCUUGGUAAAUACUUGUUCAGCGAAGCGAAAUUUGAAGGAUUCAUGGCAAGACGCUAUGUGUUUGAUUCAUUCACAUAUCGAAUGAUCUAAUCGGUAAUAGAGUAUGACUAUCAUAAGAGAUGGAGAUUCAAAUGAUACACUUUUGAUCAAUUAAAAAAUAAGCAUGAUUUUCCA